UUUGUUUUCUGUUCUCACCGCCCUGCUUAUUCUGAGCUGUGAUAGGCGGAAACUCUUAGCUCUCGUCGGUCCCGCUGGGGGGAAUUUUUCCCGGCGGAAUUUUUGGACCAGAAAAAAAAAGAAAAAUAAGACGACCGAGAUAGCUUUUGCUUGGUUUCUGCGCAACGCAGGGAAAAGGAAAACGGCAGUCAGACAACGCGACGCAGCAACGCAGUGUUGCAGUCAUGGCGCCAGAAGAGAAACCUCGGUCGUCGCUGGGUAGAAGCCUGGCGGACCAACUGAAAGAUUUGGAGGAUCCUACACCUAAGGACUUCGAUCCCGAAGACCAGGACGAUGGAUUGCGCAGCGACGAUGACCGAUCUGUGGCUGAUGAUAAUGCUGGAAGGGAACAUUAUGAGGACGUAGGAAAGAGCAAGUUGCGCAAGCCGCAGACGGUAAGCUUAGGCAAGGAAUAUGCCGGUUCCAAAGUGAGCAGAACGGACCUCGAAGCGGAGAGUGACGACGAUCCUUUCGCCAAGCGGUCAGAAGAUGAGGACGUCUCCGAUGAUGAAGAAGAGGAAGAUGAGGAGUCUGGAGAUGAAGGAGAUGAGAUUGACGAUGACGACGACGAGAUCGAUAGCGCUGAUGCAUUCGGAGAGAGCGAUGAGGAACGUUUCAAGGACUUCAAAUUCCGCGCUAGCAAGCAGUCUCGGGUCGCAGAUGUGGAUGGAGAGGGAGAUAGCGAGGAUGAAGAGGAAGAUAGCGAGGAUGGAAUGGAGGUCGACGGUUCUGCUAGCGACCAGGGCAGUGAGGAAGUCUCCGAAGGCGAUUCCGACGCUCUCAGCGGAGACGAGGAUGACGAAGACGAGGAAGAAGAAGAUGAUAACAUCCCGGCGCCGGCAGUCGGUCAGUCUGAAGAGCGGGAGGAACUUCGCAGGUUGAUGGCUACCGAUCAAAAGACCAUUGCGGCGACCAUUUCGCAAGCUGCAAAGGCGGAUGCGGCCAAGGGUUUUGCUGUCAAGCAACAACGAUCCACCUUUGAUGCUUUGCUCAAUACUCGUAUCAAGCUGCAGAAGGGACUCACUGCUAUCAAUUCUCUCCCAGUCGUUGCGAAGGAAGCGGACUCAGUCGACGAAGAGGCCAUCCGCUCUGCUGAAUCCGCUGCUUUGGCUCUCUGGACUACUCUUGAGGACCUACGACUUGCUCUAUCUGAUGCACAGUCAAAGGACUCGUCCAAGAAGAGAAAGCGACCAUCUCCCGCGUCUGCUACGACUUCGUCUGCCUCCCUCUGGAAGCGAAUGAUGGAUCUCGAAGCUGAAUCUGUCGCCCACCGCCGCGCCAUUCUAGACAAAUGGUCAGCCAAAGUGCGCGGGUCGAACGCUACUCUUCCAAACGCCCGAGGCAAGCUCUUGGGAAGUGCCUCUGGCUCUCAGCAAACCAUCACUGCUGUUCUAGAUGCCCACAUCGCCUCGGAGAACGGCGAACGCGCCUCCAAGCGCUCGCGGCAGUCGAAUGGCACUACAUCAAACUCCAACGACGUCCCCCAACCAGUCUACGACGACACCCUCUUCUACCAAUCUCUCCUCCGCGACCUUGUCGAGCAACGCAUGUCUUCCUCCGACGCCAUCACCAACGGCGUCGAGACAUUGCAUAUCCAACUCCCAGCCGUUAACCCCACGACGGGCAUGCGCAAGGACAAGGUCAAGCGAGCUGUUGACACCAAGGCCUCUAAGGGCCGCAAGAUGCGGUAUACCGUGCAUGAGAAGCUGCAGAAUUUCAUGGUACCAGAGGAUCGGGGGACGUGGACCAAUAAGGCGCGUGAAGAGUUCUUCGCGUCGCUGCUGGGUAAGACUGCUAGCAGUCAGCUGCGGGAAGAGGAUGAUGACGAGGAAGCGGGCCAGAAUGGUGUGGAGAGUGAUGAGGAUGCGGAAGAGGGUGGAUUGAGACUGUUUAGGAGUUGAAGGUGGUCUUUGUCGUCUCUGAUAAUCAGCUCUCAAAAAAGGGGGGGGUUAGUUAUGGGUAGUUAACCAGAGUUUUUAUAGACAUGUACCAUCACAUUGGUACUUCCAACAUUGAAUCUGCUUCAACUAAUGUCUAUUCUCUACAAAAAAGACAGUUUAC